CUCAUUGCUAUUUUUCAACACAAAGGACCUAUCACGGAUAUUUUACAACGUUGUGGAAAUAAGCGUGCUCAAAAGAAGAGGGAUAAAUGAGCUAUUAUGCUGAUCAAAUUAGGAGAAAAGCACUUUAAGGAACCUAUGUACACAUAAGGACAACGUGUGUGUUGAGAAAGUAGUGAAAAACGCAGAAAAAUAAAAUAAAAUGUGGUGGGGAUAUAGUGCUCCAUUAGACUUACGAUGUGAAAUUGAGGAAAAGGAAGAAACAUCUAAAUCUCUUGAGGUAUUGAUCAUAGGUGCUUCUGAUGCAAGACAUAUUAUAAAGACAUUAGCGUCCUCUUAUAAACACUCUGAUUGUUCUAUUAUUUAUCAUAUAAUCGAACCAACAAUGGAACAAGUUGCUAGAUCAAUACUUUUAUUAAGCACUUGUUUGGAUAAAGAUUUAGGACUCCAAGAAGCAACUCGAUAUUACUUGGAAAUCAUGGGAAAUACACUUUUAAGACCUGCUACGGCUAAAUAUUUGGCAAAACAUUCUAAAUUAUUGGCAGAUACUGUAACGCAAACCAUUGAUUGUCCUUGGCUAAAUCUGGAAAAACUUAAACAUAAGGACAGAGAUCAGUUAGAAUGGAUAUUUAAAUUUUGGGAACGUGCUACACGCGAAGGGGUUCCAAUUGUGGAUUAUUGGGACAGAAGAAUUAGAAAAUCAUUAAAAACACGAUAUGACUACAGAGAUGGAGUUUUUGAUUGGGAUUAUCACAUGAUAUUGAAACCAAGAGGUCAUUCGAAUUUAACCAUACAUGAAUAUAGAUUUUGGAGAAAUAAUGGAAUAGCAUUCACUUGGAUAGAAGGUGAACCUGCUAGAAGUAAUCCAACACUUUUAAAUAAUAUAAUUCCUCUUGGAGAUGGAUUUUUACAUUAUGCUUAUUUGGGGGAUAUAACUAAUGGACCUUUUUUUACAUGGGCUUUAAAUGAAGAGAAAGAAAAUGUAAAGCUCAGAGCAACUGAUAUAGCAGAAAGAGAAGUAAUGCGUGUUAUUCAUGAAAUUAGAACAAAGGAACCUUUUUGUGAAGAACUCGUUGCCGCACAUAGAGAUCCAUCUAUCUUAAAUGGUAUAAUAAUAACAGAAAUGCCAAGCUCUGAAAUAGAAUAUGAAUCAUGGACAAAAUAUAAUAAAUAUGAAAAACAAAGUGUUCCUUGGAUAUCUAUUCCUAGUACAAAGAUUUUAUUUCAUCCACUGUCAACAUUGGACUUAUUAAAGAAUAAAGCAGAGUACAAAGAGAAAUUUGAUACAAUUUGGAUAGCACAUAAUAUGACCAAACAAUUACCAAAUAUAAUACCAUUGUUGAAAAAAAAAGGACAUAUACUAAUCGAAUUACGUAAAUACUUAAGUGAAUUGCGUAAAGAAGAUUUGGAAAGUUUUACCAAAGAAUUAAAAAGUACUGCACAAGUAUGUGGACUACGAGAAAUAAAAAGUUUCAAUUCUGAAACUCAUACUAUAGCGCAAUUUUGCAGCAAUUAAUAAUAAUUGUAAUAUACUAUUUUAUAACCUGCACCAUAAUAAGUUAUAUUGACACGGAUUAAUAUAACGGAUUAGUCUAACAUAUGUUUCUUUUUUUAUUCGUAAUUGUAAUAAAAUAUUAAAUACCAUUAUGCAUAUAUAUUUACUUUAGCGAAACUAAAUUUUAUUUAUUUAUUUAUUCAAAUUACAUAUACAUUAUAUAAAUAUAUGUAUAUAUAAAUAUACAUACACAUGUAUAUAUUAUACACACGAUACAUUAAAA